GUAUAAAUAGGAGCCCAACCCCUGUCCUUUCAAAUACGAGGUACGACGUGGGAGAUAUAGCUAUUAGAACGAAGUUUAUAGAGAUUGAGGAACAAUGGCUCGUACCAAGCAGACCGCGCGUAAAUCCACUGGAGGAAAGGCGCCAAGGAAACAACUGGCGACAAAAGCCGCAAGGAAGAGCGCGCCCUCUACUGGUGGCGUCAAGAAGCCUCAUAGAUACAGGCCUGGAACCGUUGCGCUGAGAGAAAUCCGUCGUUAUCAGAAGUCAACAGAGUUGCUUAUCCGCAAGUUGCCCUUUCAGCGUCUGGUCAGGGAGAUUGCGCAAGACUUCAAAACUGACCUGAGGUUUCAGAGUGCAGCCAUCGGUGCUCUUCAGGAAGCAAGUGAGGCCUACCUUGUUGGUCUGUUUGAGGACACAAACUUGUGUGCCAUCCAUGCUAAGAGGGUCACAAUCAUGCCCAAGGACAUCCAGCUUGCAAGGCGAAUCCGAGGAGAGCGGGCAUAAUGUUUUUUUUUUUUUAUCAUAAUUUUAUGUUGUAAUGAGAAACACUCAUAAAUCAAUGGAUUUGUACAUUGGAGUCAUUUUUGUAGAACAUUCCUUACGGACUCAGGUUUUUAAAGUGAGUGUAUCUAGAAUAUACAUUGUAGAGUGGCUUUAGAUGCAUGCUAAUAAUAAAAGUAUUUAUCACUUUUACAUAAUUGGAUUGUAAAUAAAAAAAAAAAGACAUUACACUACCUCAAGG